CAAAGUCCGAUUUAUUGUUGAAUUUAAAAACAAGAAACCACUGAAUUAAAAUGUUAUGAAUAUUUGCGGGUAGAUAAAUAUUCGUAACUGUCUAUUUAGUGUUGUUUGAUAAUUCUCAAAAGUAACAAUCGUUCAUAACUCGCAGUCGUGGGCAUUGUAAUGAACGUAAUCGGAAUCUUAUCGUACCUACCGGGCUAUGUCUGAGCGUUUAUCUAUUUAUUAAGUUUAGUGCGUGUUGGAUUACAAGCGACAAUUUAUUAAAAUGCGAAUACCUGUCGCAGUUCGUAUUGUAAAAUGGAUGUGUUGAGUUUGUUGUGCUGCCGAAACGGCGAGGCGGACCAAGACCUACACGCAACCGGGCAAAAACUUGGAUACCGCCACGUGCAGAUGGCGCUGUACUUUUUACUUAUGACUUACACCUACUGUAUGCGAUCUGUACUCUCUGUCGCCAUUGUGGCUAUGAACAGCAACUCUACAACCCCUAACCCCGACAUACCGAUAUACCACUGGGACAACCAAAGCGUGGUACUGUCGGCCUUCUUCUGGGGAUACGCCGUUCUGCAACUCCCGUCGGCUCAGCUAGGCAAGAGGUUCGGCGUGAAAUGGCUUCUGGUUGGGUGCACCAUGACCAACGCCGGGUUCUGCAUUUUGAUACCGCUCUUCGCGGAAUACUGCGGCUCGGUGGGCGUCAUAAUAUCGAGGUUCUUCCAAGGAUUAGCGCAAGGAUGUAUACCCUCUUUGCUUCACAACUUGCUGGGACACUGGGCGCCUCCUAGCGAGAGGUCUGUGAUCGGAACCAUUUCGUAUUCAGGCGCUGUAUUCGGGAAUAUUCUGGCUUUAUCCACAACUGGCCUAAUUAGUUCGAGUUGGGUGGGUUGGCCCUUCGCCUUUUACUUGUUCGGAGCGCUAGGGGUGAAGUGGGCGCUGCUUUGGAUCCUCUUCGGUGCCGAUAGACCGGGUCUACAUAAGAAUAUAUCGGCUGCAGAGAGGACUUACAUAGAAACCAGUCUAGCUUAUCAAGAUCGCAGGGUAAUUCCAACUCCGUGGAAAGCCAUCCUGACAUCCCUGCCCUUUUGGGCCAUCACACUGUCCUUUGUAGGGGCCAAUUGGGGCAGCUCGGUGCUGAUGACUGAAAUCCCUACCUACCUGGACAAGAUUUUGGACUACGACAUCAAGUCGGACAGUAUUCUGUCGGCAGCACCUUACGUGGCUAUGUGGAUUUGUUCCGUGAUAUUCAGUCCCAUCUGUGAUAUGUUAAUAAACAGAGAGAUCGUCUCUAGAGGCGGUGCUAGGAAGAUAUUCAGCAGCAUCGGAACUAUGAUUCCCGCAGUGAGUCUAGGCCUGGUAGGCUUCAUGCCAAAAGACCGCCCGGGGCUCUCGGUAGCCCUUCUUAUAAUAAACGGGGGGAUAUCCGCCGGAGGCCUAUGCGGAUUUCAAGUCAACCACCUGGACUUGUCGCCGAACCAUUCCGGCAUCCUCAUGGGGCUCACCAACGGGUUUUCUAGCAUCUUUUCCAUCAUAUCUCCGUUGAUAGUGCAAUACAUAGUUACCGAUAAGACCAAUCUGUUAUCGUGGAGGAUAAUAUUUAUCAUAACCGCGAGCAUUUACGCGGUCGCGAAUGUUUUUUAUUGCAUAUUCGGCUCUGGGGAGGUACAGGCGUGGAAUGAUGUGGAAGAGGACGAGGAAGAAGUUCCUAUUUUAUGAAGGUCUGGUAUAGUUUCAAAAUGGAGGACGGGUAUGAGAUUUGCGAGAUCCCCAAAUGAGAUUAUUUGUUAUAAACAAAAAAAUAAAUAAAAAUAACACAAGAA